AUGACAUUUCAGCCCUUCCCUAAAAAAAGGAGUGAAAUUGCCUGUUACUGGGAGAACCAGCCAGGAGGCUGCCAGAAGCACAACUGUGCUUUCCACCACACCAAAGGACGUUACGUGGACGGGCUCUUCCUACCCCCAAGCAAAACCACUCUUCCGAGCCCCCCCGAGGCCACAGAGGAUGAGGGGAAAAUGGUGCAGCUGCAACAGAACAAACUCUCAGUGCAAUCCAACCCCUCCCCACAGCUCAGGGGGGUGAUGAAAGUGGAAAACUCUGAAAAUGUCCCCAGUCCCACCCAUCCCCCCGUUGUCAUCAAYGCUGCAGAUGAUGAUGAAGAUGAUGAUGACCAGCUUUCUGAAGAAGGAGAAGAAACUAAAACCCCAGUCCAGCCACCACCCACAGAAACCCACAACGGACUGAGGGUGAUUUCCACCAGGAAAUCCAAUUCCAGUGUGAAGCAAGAUGACAACUUAAAUUUUGGGAUAAAAACCCUAGAAGAGAUCAAAUUGAAGAAACUCAAGGAAAAAGCCAAAAAACAAGGUGAAGGUCCUUCAGGAGUGGCUGUGGAUCCUCUCCAAGCCCGGAGCAUUCCCGUGCCAGAGAAGGAAAACGUCCGGACAGUGCUGAGRACUGUCACCCUCUCCUCCAAGGAAGGAGAAGAUCCUGUGAUCCAGCUGAAUCUUCCUGACAGACUGGGGAAAAGGAAAACCCUCAUAGGUGGAGGUGGAAAAACCUUCCUUCCCCUGAGGAGGAACGUUGCUGACAGGCUGGGGAGGAAGGCAGAGCUGCAGGAAAAGGCUGACAAGGCCCCGAAGAGAGGCCCAGUUCAAGUCCUGAAAUCCCUGAAGGAAAGGCUGGGACAGCCCUCUGAGCAGAGCAGCACAGAGCCAGAAAAAGCCACCAAACCCAUCGAGGAGAUCCGGGUGAAAACCCUGGAGGAAAUCCGCCUGGAAAAAGCCAACCAGAGACGAGGAGAACCCCCGGCCAAAAUCCCAACAGAAAGCAGAAAAACAGACGAUUCCUCCUCAGCAACAAAUCAAACCCGCACCCCCACCGUUCGCAUCAAAUCCCUGGCGGGAGCUUUGGCAGAAAAAAACCACAAGAGAAUGGGAGAGGAGAAGGAAAAAACAGAGGAAUUCUCCAGCAAAGCCAAAAGUGAGGGUGAUGCCAGGAAACAGAGCGGUGSCACCCCGGCUGUGCCAGGCAGGGUGCAGCUGGCAGAGCCCGGCAGAGCCAAAGCAAGCGGGGAAGUGCGGAUCAAAACCCUGGAGGAGAUCAAAAGGGAGAAGGCRCUGAGGAUGCAGCAGAGCGGGGAGAACGUUCCUGCUGCUCCUGCACAGCCUGAGCCUGCUCUGAGGGGCAGGAAACUGCUCCGGGUCACCAAGCUCAUAGCACCUGGAAGAGAAGAAAAAAUGAUUGUGGAGUUGAACAAACCUUCCCUGAAAGGUGGCUCUGCACCUGCCGAGAAUGCUGGAAAUUCUGGAGUUCAGGUGAAGAGCCUGGAGGAAAUCAUGUGGGAGAAACGUCAGAUGAAACAACGCCAGGAGGAGAAACUCCCAAAAGGAGGAGGAGCAUCUGCUGGACCCAUUGCAGCUGAAAAACCCGAAA